CUCUCUCUCUCUCUCUCUCUCUCUCCGCCACAGAUAGAAAACCCAAAACUCUCCCUUUUUUUUUUUUUUUUUGGCUUUCUGCAACAAUGGAAGUGUCGUUUCUUAGAUUCUCUAGUGUUCUGUUUGCAAUAAUACUCAUAACGACAUGGGUAUGGAGAGUUGUGAACUGGGUUUGGCUGAGGCCGAAGAGGCUAGAAAAGUGCCUUAGAAAGCAGGGUCUUAAGGGCAAUUCUUAUCGUUUUUUGUUUGGAGACUUGAAGGAGAGUAUUUCGAUGUACAAGGAAGCAAGGUCGAAACCCAUCAAUCUCUCUGACGACAUAACCACACGCGUUUUCCCCUUCGUUCUUCAGACAGUCCAGAAGUACGGUAAAGAUUCUUUCAUGUGGAUUGGUCCCAACCCAAGAGUGAACAUUACGAACCCAGAACAUCUGAAGGAUAUUUUCAACAAAAUUGGUGAUUUCCCAAAGCCCCAUAACAAUCCACUUGUAGAGCUGCUAGCUACUGGUCUUGCAAGUUAUGAGGGUGAGAAAUGGGCUAAACAUCGAAAAAUUAUCAACCCAGCAUUUCAUGUAGAAAAGUUGAAGCAUAUGCUACCGGCAUUUUAUCUAAGCUGCAAUGAGAUGCUGAAAAAAUGGGAGAGUUUCUUAAAUAAUGAGGGAAGCUGCGAGAUAGAUGUGUGGCCUUAUCUUCAAAAUAUGACCGGUGAUGUGAUUUCUAGAACAGCAUUUGGGAGUAGUUAUGAAGAAGGCAGAAGAAUAUUUCAGCUCCAGAGAGAACAAGCAGAACUAGCGAUUAAAGCCAUACAGACUGUUUAUGUUCCUGGAUGGAGAUUUGCUCCAACGACGUUGAACAAGAGGAUGAAAGAAGUCGAUCAUGAAGUACAAGGUUUAUUAAAGGAUAUAAUUCAUAAAAGAGAGAAGGCAAUGAGAGCAGGUGAAGCACCAAAUGAUGACUUGUUAGGGAUACUUAUGGAAUCAAAUUUUAAAGAAAUUCAGGAACAUGGGAACAACAAGAAUAUGGGAAUUAGUAUUAGAGAUGUAAUUGAGGAAUGCAAGUUGUUUUACUUUGCUGGCCAAGAGACCACCUCAGUGUUGCUUGUUUGGACAAUGGUGUUAUUAAGUAGAUAUCCUGAUUGGCAAGCUCGUGCAAGAGAAGAGGUUUUACAAGUCUUUGGUUAUAACAAUCCAGAUUUUGAUGGGCUAGGCCACCUAAAAAUUGUCACAAUGAUUUUGUACGAAGUUCUAAGGUUUUAUCCACCAGUAAUUUUACUUACUCGGACGGUUCAGAAGCAAACACAGCUAGGAAACUUGUCGUUGCCACCAGGAGUGCAGAUCUCUCUUCCCGUCAUACUUGUUCAUCGUGACACUAAUCUGUGGGGGGAAGACGCAAAGGAGUUCAAACCCGAGAGAUUUGCAGAAGGAGUUUCGAAGGCGACGAAAGGUCAAGUUUCGUUCUUUCCCUUUGGUUGGGGGCCUCGGAUUUGCAUUGGACAAAACUUUGCCAUGAUUGAAGCCAAAAUGGCAUUGGCAUUGAUUCUACAGCGCUUCACGUUUGAGCUUUCACCCUCCUAUGCUCAUGCUCCUUGUACCGUUAUAACUCUCCAACCACAAUAUGGUGCUCAUAUAACUUUGCAUAAGCGCUAAGAUGUAUAUGUUCUUAUGAAAUUCUUAUCGUUGAAUAAGUUUGAUAUGAUCACAUGCCAUAUAUAGAUACUCCGGUAUAUAAAUGUUUAACGUUUUCUGUUGGUUUU